AAUAACAACACAGAUGAAAUAGAAGUGGAUGAUGAUUAUCCAAGUGGAAGCAUAGCAAGCAUAGCAGUGGAGUGUUUUGGCUGCUCUCUCUGCUCAUUUCGGGUGUUCUUGCAGCCACAGUGCCCCUGGCGGAAUUCUCUCUCUUAUCUCUCUCCUCACUCUCUCUUCUCUCCCUCUCUCUCUUUUUCACCUUUAUCCUCAUUCCUCCCAACUAAUUCUUUUCGCAUCUUCCACUGUCUUUAUUCAAUUUUGCAGUACCUAAUCUCGUUUUGUUUGCAUUACUUCAGUCCUUCACGAGUUAUACCAGCCUACGUUUUAGUUACAACUUUAAGAGGAAUUGAAAAGAAAUAAGCUCAGCAACAAAAUGCAGAAUACUAUCGUGCCUCAAUAUCAGCAGCACCAGCACCAGCACCAGCACCAGCACCAGCAGCAGCUACAGCAGUCGCAAGCGCCUCAGUUCACAUCUCCUCCACAGCAUUCACUAGCACAGCAUCAGCAAGGGCAACACCAAAAUCAACAUGUACAGCACCCUUCCCCUGAAUUCCAAGGCCUAGGAUAUCGGCAAGCUGGGCCAAUUAUUAACCGACAACCAUAUCCAAACUACCAACCUUCCCAGCCUUCUUAUCAGCAACAGCAACAGCAGCCAAUGCAGCAACAUCAGCAACAACUUUCACUCUCAUCUACCAAGCAGCUGGAUCAGCAGCGACCGAUUACGCCUGGAAAGCAAAAAACAACGACGCACUAUGGUCAGCGCUAUAAUCCUAUGUAUUCGUCUCCUGCCUCCUCGUCUACCACACCAAUUACCAAUUCAUCGCUUAACUCAGUGUCUCCUGCCAAUGGCCUUCCUCAUACAUCCAUAUUGAACUCUCACCAGAAUUCGUUAUCUGAUUCGAUGGCUACUGCAGCUAUGACGGCAGCAGGCCUAGUUGCGAAUCAAUCUUUGACUCCACAAGUUUCGCCACAUCUGAACGCAGCAAAAACAAACAUUGACAGCUCGACUCCAUCCUGGUCACCUCCAUAUCCUUUAUCAUCAAGUCCAUCUUCGACAGCAUCUAUGCCAGCAUAUUUGGACAAUUACGAGGUAACGAUAAUAUCUCUCUUAUUAUAGUGUGCUCUCUUGUUCAUACACUCGAUCAAUAGCCUUUGUUAUAUCUGGCUGUUGAUCAUUAGAACGUACAACAUGUCGAUCUAUAUUUCAACGCUACAUUACACGGGUAAUCCUAUCAAUAAUCGAAGGCAUGCCUUUCCUCUUUCAUUGGGCUACAUCCUUCAUAUUCAGUGAUCUAUAGAGGAUUCACAGCAUCGAUUCUUCAAUCUCUGCUUCCAUUUCCCCUGAACUGCUCUUACCAUCCUUAAC